CUCCUCCGACACAGUUGACAGUCAGUGAGCGAAACAAACAUGGCGACGGCGUCGAGGGGACGCGGGUUUCUGCGAACUUUACUGCUCUUUACUCACCUUGCGGCGGGUGUCCGGGCCGAGGCGGCGUUGGCAGAGCCGCGGGCCGCCACGCGGAUUCUCGGCAUGCGGCUGGAGCGUAGCGACACGCCGGCCGGGACCACCGAGCGUGGGGCGAUCCAGGUAACUGAGGGCAGCGACAUCCUGGUCCGGUUCUACGGGCUCCACUUGUUCCCGAACAGCUCCGCGCUGGUCCGCUUCACUGAGCUUUACUCCAGCGAGACGGAGGACGAUGCCCACGGCGCCGUGGAGGUGCCUCUCAACCGGACGUGCCCGGAACACAGCAAGGACCUGGUGGUGAAGGGCACCAUGAGCGUGAGUAACCGCAACACCUCCGGGCUGGCCACCGUCACCGUCAAGCAGCUCCGCAAGAGCGAGGUCGUCAAGGUGUUCGCCCUGUGCGUGCGGGACCCUCUGGACCCCCCGGACGUCUGGACCCAGUUGGACGAACGGGACGGCCGGGUGCGCGUGGUGGAGGUGAAGAAGUCCCUGCUCCCCGUGUGGCUCCAGGUGAUCAUCAUCUCCUUCUUGCUGGUCCUGUCGGGCAUGUUCAGUGGGCUAAACCUGGGCCUGAUGGCUCUGGACCCCAUGGAGCUGCGUAUCGUGCAGAGUUGCGGCACUGAAAAGGAGAAGAAGUAUGCCCGCAAAAUUGAGCCCAUUCGCCGCAAAGGCAACUACCUCCUGUGCUCGCUCCUCCUGGGCAACGUUCUGGUGAACACGACACUCACUAUUCUGCUGGAUGACCUGACCAAGUCAGGCGUGGGCGCAGUGGUAGCCUCCACAGUGGGCAUCGUGAUCUUCGGUGAGAUCGUGCCCCAAGCACUGUGUUCACGCCACGGCCUGGCGGUGGGUGCCAACACCAUCCUGGUCACUAAGCUGUUCAUGCUGCUCACCUUCCCGCUGUCGUGGCCCAUCAGCAAGCUCCUGGACUGUGUGCUGGGCCAGGAGAUUGGCACUGUGUACAACCGCGAGAAGCUGGUGGAGAUGCUGAAGGUGACGGAGCCCUACAACGACCUAGUGAAGGAGGAGUUAAACAUGAUCCAGGGGGCGCUGGAGCUGCGCACCAAGACGGUGGAGGACGUGAUGACGCCGCUCGGCAACUGCUUCAUGAUCCACAGCGACGCUGUGCUAGACUUCAACACCAUGUCGGAGAUCAUGGAGAGCGGCUACACGCGCAUCCCCGUUUACGAGGGCGAGCGUUCCAACAUUGUGGAUGUGCUUUUUGUCAAGGACCUGGCCUUCGUCGACCCGGACGACAGCACCACGCUUAAGACCAUCACCAAGUUCUACAACCACCCGGUUCACUUUGUCUUCCAUGACACCAAACUGGACUCCAUGCUGGAGGAGUUCAAGAAAGGCAAAUCCCAUCUGGCUAUCGUUCAGAAGGUGAACAAUGAGGGCGAGGGUGACCCGUUCUACGAGGUUCUGGGUCUGGUCACACUGGAGGACGUCAUCGAGGAGAUCAUCAAGUCGGAGAUUCUGGAUGAGUCGGACCAGUACACUGACAACCGCACCAGGAAGAAGGUAGCGCCCAACAAGAAUAAGAGGGACUUCUCGGCCUUCAAGCACGAGAGCGAGUCCAAGGUGAAGAUCUCACCUCAGCUGUUGCUGGCAGCCCACCGCUUCCUGGCCACAGAGGUGACCCUGUUCAACCCAGCUCAGAUCUCCGACAAGGUGCUGCUGCGUAUACUGCGGCACCCCGACGUCAUCCAGGAGAUCAAGUUCAACGAGAGCGACAAGCGCUCACCGCAUCACUACAUCUACCAGAGGGGAAAAUCUGUUGACUACUUCAUACUCAUACUGCAGGGCCGAGUGGAGGUGGAGGCCGGCAACGAGAACAUGAAGUUUGAGACGGGACCCUUCUCUUACUAUGGGAUUAUGGCGCUCAGUACUCCCAUGAUGGAAUUCCGCUCACCGUCGCACAUUAGCGGCCUGAACCGCACCUCGUCGCUGAGCGGCACCGACCGGGCUGAGUCACUGUCGGUGAGCGGCAGCAACAGUCAGCUCAACACUCAGCUUAGCAGUCAGCUCAACUGCACCACCAUCUACACGCCUGACUUCUACGUACGAGCCCUCACCGACCUGCAGUUUGUCAAGAUCACUCGCUCGCAGUAUCAGAACGGGCUGAUGGCAUCACGUCUUGACAGCACGCCGCAGUCGCCCGAGAGCGUCCACCAGCUGCCCGCCCUGACGGGGCCCGGGACGAAUGCCUCCGACGUCACCCUUGCCGAGCUGGGCACCGAGCUGGACCCUGCGGGGCCCACGGACAACGGGCCCGACGAGACCACACUGCUGCUUCUCAACCAGCGGAACUCGCCUAAUGACACCAACCACCGUGGACAGCUUAACAACAGUGUCUAAAGCAUCUUCCUCCUCUUCUUCCCACACGCUUGCACGCCGCCGCAGCCGAGACUCAGGGAGACUCACGCCCACUCCCCCAUCGCCCCCAAAAUCCAAAUCAACCCUUAUUCCGUAGAGAGAUUCAUUGUUUGAGAUUGUGGAUGCGCGUCUGUGUGUCAGUCACCAUGGCGACAAUCAGUGCGAUAAUGAAUGUAGCGUUUCAAUGGGUUGGUGUGUGCGUGUGUGUGCGUGUGUGUGUGUGUGUGUGUGUCUGUGUCUGUGUCUGUCUGUGUCACAGGAACCAAAAAUAGGGAAAUUUUGCUUUAAGAGAAACUUUAUUUAUUUUGUACCGAGAAGGAUUUGGGCCACACUAGAAAAAAAUAAAGUAAUAAACAAACAACAAAAUUGCAAGACUAAAAUCUGAAUACAGUGAGAUUAGGAUCAAGAAAAAUCUGUAAUAUAAUGCCAAAGAAGUAAUAACGGAAUUUUUUAAUGAGGGUAAAUAAAGUUGGAUGUUUUCUUAGCGUAGAAUUAGAACUGAAAAUAUUCUAUUGUUUUAUUUUACUGAGAAAAAAAAAUAGCAAUAAUUUGCAGAUGUUAUUAUACACUGUAUUUUUACGGAAAUGUGUGAACAAAAUAUCUUGCAAUGAUUGUCACAUAAAAUUUGAAUGCAACACGAAAAAAAGUUUUAUUUUGGGGAAAUUAAAUCCAAAUAUUACGCAAAAAAUGUCUGAGUUUUAUUACAGAAAAAGUUGUAUAAAAUCUGUAAUGCUGUGAGAAUAAAUUUGUAUUAAUGUUACGUUUUAAUAUUUUAAUAAUACUGAUGCUUCCACAUAAGCAAUAUGAGAAUAAAAAUAAAUAAAUAAAAUAAAAAUAAAUAAAAAUAUUUUUUAAAGAAUAAAAUCAGACUGCGGCAAAAAAAUUAUCCACACCAAUUAUUUUUUUUUUUAAAAAGGUCAAAUUAAAUUUUUCUUCCAACUUUAUUACUGUGUUUUUGUUUUUCUUUCUCACGAUAUUGCACACUCAUUUUUGCAGCUUUAUUGUUGUAAUAUUUCAAAUUUAUACGUGUUGCAGUUUUUUUUUACAAGAAUAAAGUAAUAUUUCAUCCUUUAAAUUUGAACUUUUUCAUGUAAUACUGCAAUUUUGUUCUUUAUAAUUAAUGCUUUAUUCUUGCUAUAUUUUAAAAUAAUAGAACUUAAUCCUUAGAAUAUUACCACUUAAUUCUUGUAAAAUUACAACUUUUUCUCAUUGUGUGAAUUGACAUAUGUCUGACUUUAUUCUCAUCAAAUAUGUUUUACUCUCAUUAAAAUAUUUUUUCCUCAUUUUCCUUUGGGGAGCCUUUUCCCACUAAAUUGCAGGGUUGGCUGCCUCUUAUGUUUCUAUGCUUCAAAUGUUUGUCAUAAUAUUAACAACUUUUUUUUAAUCACAAUGUUCAGACUUUAUUCUUCUAAAAUUAAAACUUCAGUCGGAUUAAAUUUCAAUUUUUUUAGCUGUAAUAUCAGGAUUCUAUAAUUAUCGUAAAAUGUUUACUUUAUUGUUGUGAAAUUAAAGUGUUUCCUCAAUAUUAUGACACUAUAGUUAUAAAAGGUUUGGACAUUUUGGCAUAAUGUGUCAUUUAAAUUUUAUUUGGAUUUUUUGUUAACUAUUAUUAAUUUCCAGUGUGGCCCCAAUUAUUCUCUGUACAUUUGAAACAAUUCUGUGUAUAUUUUUGUUUUGUUUUAUGUCUACCAAGGUGGAGAAUGUGAUUUCAUUGUUAUGCCUCAUGGUGAGAUGAAUGUUAUUGUUUUUUCGCAUUAACUGGUUUUGUUGGGUUUAAUCAUAUGGGGGGAAACGUGUAGCACCGUUCACAGCGUAACACACUCCGGCUUUGUUUGACUGUAAAAUAUCAAGUGAGCCUCUUAAAGGCACACAGUCUUUUUUAUUGCAACAUUUGAGCUCGUUUUUAUUAGGUUUAAACUGUAAUUUGUCGAGGAAAAUUAUAUUAAUACUAAUAAUGGCUUCCCUUGUUGAGACACUGAUGGCACAAGAAGGCUGCUGUUGUACUACAUUCAUUUUUAUUUUUAUUCACAGGUGAACAUAACAUGCUGGCAGGGCAUUGUGGGAGUUUACUGUGAUUUAAAAAAAAAAUUUUUUUGUUAUAAAUAAACGUGGGAUUGACGUGAUAAUGGUACAUUAAGUUCUGGAGGCUGGAAAGAAUAGAGUAAAUAGAAGUUGUUUUAAAAACAGUCGGAAAAUAGCUGGAAAAUCUAUGAAUGUUACAAGAAUAAAGUCGGAAUAUUACUAGAAAAAAAACAAUUUGGUUGUGAGAAUAAAAUCUUAAAAAGUUGUAAUAUUACGAUAAAUCAAAUUAAAACAAACAUUUGAAAUCGUAAUUAAUGAAAAAAGUCGCAAAACGUAAGCCCUUUCUUCUUUGCCGAUGUUUUUUAUUUUUAAUUCCUGUAAUUCUACGAUAGUGGAUGAAGUAAUUGCUUUAUUCUCAGAAUAUUUCCAUUUAUUAUUUUGACGAUUAUAAAAAUCCAAAGUUUUGUGUAUUAUGAUUUCUUGUAAAUGUUAUUCAUGUAAAAUGACAAAUUUGACACGUGAAAUUACAAUUUUCUUGUAAAAUUAUUUUUUUCUCAAUAUUACUUUUUUCCGUUAAAGUACAAGUUUCAUUUUCAUAAAAUUUCCAUUUCAUUCAAGUAAAAUUGCACAUUCUUUCUCAUAAUAGUCCAACUCUAUUCUCAUAAAACACAGAAACAGUUGCAACAAAAUUCUCUUAAAAUUCGACAUUUUCAUAUUACAACUCUUUCAUAAAAGUAAAAAAAAAUAUUUUGUAAAAUUACCGAUUUGUUUGUAAAAUUGAAAAUGUUCUUGUAAAAUGAACAAUUGUAUUACAAUAUUGCAACUUUAUUAUUAUAAAAUUACAAAUGAUAUUUUCUUAAAAUUACAAUAUUCAUUUACGUAAAGUUACAAAUUGUACUCUUGUGAAAUCACACAAUUUAUUCUCCUAAAAUUCAAAACUUCAUUUUUGUAAAAUGUUCUCUAUAUUACGCCUUUAUUCUCACUGGCCAAAUAAGAAGCUGUUUGAUGAGGAUCUGGAAUAAAGAUGUGCAUACAGGAAUGUAUUUUUGGGAUACCUCCCAAAUCACAAUCCAUUACCGCUUGUCCGUUUUGCACUGCUUACAGUCACCUUGGUGAGGUCCUAGCAUUUUUUUUUUUGUUCUAUAUGAAAAUUUGCCAAUUUGGUGAGUCGCGCCCCCCAACCGCCACUCUCUGUGACACGCCCACCCUUCAGUUGCCAUGGAAACACUUUACAUGCUCACCCGCUGCUAUCUGUUGGCAAUUUGAACACAACACUAAUUGUGUGUAUUUGUGUACUAUUCCAGUAUACUUAAAAAAAAAAAAAAAAAAAAGCACAGAGUAAGACCA